CUGGUGAAAACAGCUUAUCUCGCAUAGCAGUCUAACGGGCUCGAAAAGCCUGGCCUGCACAUUCGAUGGCGAGCUUCCGGCGUUGCUUUGCGGGGCGAACAUGUAGUCAACCAGCCAUCAGGCGAAGUUUGGCGCCAGGGCUGGGCGAUGCUGGCCCGCUGAUAAGCACGAGCCUAGCUGCGGUCAAGGUGUGCCGGCUUGUAACGUUAGCAGACCCCGGCUUUCAGGGGCUCGUCGAGCAGCGUCAGUCGACGCUCACUGGACCCCACCAGCCCUCGGUCCGCGGCGCUGCGCACCACCCGGCGGUUGAGCGGCACCCCGGGCGGCGGCAGCAGCCGCCUGCAGCCCCGCCCGCCCAGCCACCGCGCACUGGCACGCAAGACCGCGCUGUCAGCAAGUAUCUCAUCAACUCAAUCAUGACCGCGGGCUCCUGGCAACAGCUGGCGGAUCUGGCCCACGCCAACGCGCUAUCCUUUAACCAUGUCCACAUCAGCGCGCUCGUGUGCCGGCUGCCCAAACUGGUGCCCAGUCCGCACGGCCUGGAGGUCUCGGAGCGAGGCCGCUUCUCCCGCUUCCUGGGCGAGGUGUCGGAGCUGGUGGCGCAGCGGCUGCCCACGUUUGACCCGCGCGCGGUGGCCAACGUGCUUUGGGCGGUGUGCAAGCUGGGCUACAGCCCCGCACCGCCGCUGCUGAACCAGUUCCUGUUCGAGGCGUACGUGCGCAUGGAAAAGUUUAACGCGCAGGAGCUGGCCAACCUGUCGUGGGCGCUGGCAACUCUGGCAGCCAUGGGCCGGCAGCCUGUGCCGGCGUGGCUGCGCAAGUUCAUAUCGGCAGCGAAGCUGCACGUGGACGAGCUCAAGCCGCAGGAACUGGCGCACAUGGCCUGGGCGCUCUCCAGGCUGUGCCCGCCACCUGCAGACGGCGAGGCGGCGUCAGCCGGGGCGUCACCAGCUGCAGGGCUAGCGCCGGCGAGCGAGGCCGCCUCUGCCUCCGGCAGCGCCAGCAGUGGCGCCAGCAGCAGCGGUAGCCCGUACGCGGAGUCUCUGCCGGGACUGGUGUCGGCGCUGUGCUCGCGCGCCGCCGCCUGCAUGUACCGUUUCAGCAACGGCGAGAUCGUGAUGGCGGUGACGGCGCUGCACCGGCUAGACCCCGUGGCGGCGCGGGGCCUGGCGGCGGCGGCGCUGCCACAUCUGCUGCGGGCGUGCUCACUGCCGCCUUCAGGCUCGGUCUCGUCGGGAGCAGGCCGUCGCGACUACCAGAGCUCUGGGAGUCCUUCGGCGCCGGCUUCGCCGUCUUGGCGCUGUGACCUGUCGGGCCAGGACCUGGCGAACAUGUGGUUUGUGCUGGGCAGGUCCGCCGCACUGGCCGCUCCGAAGCAUCCUGGUGCAGCGGGCUCAGCAGCCGCAGACCCUGUGACCGGAGCACCGCGGCUCGGCACAGCAGCUGCAGGAGCCAUGCACGGCAGUGGCUCUGCGGCGGCGGCAGCGCCUCCCGCGCCGGCGCCGCGGCACCACCUGUAUGCUCUGGUGGAGGUGACGGGGCGAUCGGCGCACCUGCUCACCGCGCAGGGGCUGUGCACGGUGCUGGUGGCGUUUGCCAGGCUGAAGAUCCGGCCGGGGGCAGACACCACCCGCGCGCUGCUGCAGCGCUUUCACCAGGUGCUGCCUGCCCAAGCCAGCUUCCAGUGCGUGUCGGUGUCGCUGUGGGCGCUGGCGCGGCUGGACCUGGGGCCCGACGCCGCCACCAUGGAGCUACUGCUGCACUGCGCUGCGCUGCAGGCGCCCGCAGCCAAGUCGUCAGAGAUGCUGGCGCUGAUGUGGGCGCUGACGCGGCUGGGCUUCUGCCCGCCGGCGGACUGCCUUAACCGCCUGGGGGCGCGGCUGACGGCGCUAGCUACACGGCUGCGGGCGCACGGGCUGCAGGUGGUGGUUGCAGCUUACAGCGCGUUCGGCGCGCGCCUGCCGCCGGCGCUGCGGGAUGCGGUGCUCGCGGCCGCUGGCGCCCCCGUCAGCGGUGGCCCGCUGCUGCCGCACAGGAGCAGCAGUGAGGGCGGAUUCAGGAGCCUGGUCGCGCAUGAGUCCGAGGUGCCAUCGAUUCAUCACACCGUGCCUCAAGGACAGCGCAGGCGGUCUCCUGACAUCUUUGCGGAGCUGCCGCCCACCUCGGCGGUGCGCCUGCUGUCCACGCUGGCAGGCGUGUCGGUGCGCCAGGCGCCCAGCUCCCGCGGCCGCGCUGCUGCCAAGCACUCGGCGGCACGGCUGCGCGCGCGGCUCGCGCCGCGCCGCCACGCGCUGACCCGCGGCCUUGAGCGGGCCACGGGCGGCCGUCUGGCUGGCCUGUCUACGGACGCGCUGUGUGCGCUGCUCCUGUCCAUAUCCCGGCUAUGCAUGCGGCCGGGGGCGGCCUACAUGCAGGAGCUGCAGGCCGUGCUGGAGGUGCGGUCGGCGCAGCUGGCGCCCUGGCAGGCCGGCGGCCUGCUGGCGGCACUCGCGCGGCUGCGGCUGCCGCCGCCCGGUGCGUGGCUGCAGCGCGUUCUGGCGGGGCUGGAAGGCAGCUAUGAGCAGCUGAGCGCGCAGCAGCUGCUGGGGCUGGUGCACUCGCUGGCGGCACUGCACUUCCGGCCGACGGCGGGAUGGAUGGCGAAGUACCUGCAGCACUGCCUGUCGCGGCAGGAGGAGUGGCCGGUGGACGGGCUACGCCGGCUGCUGCGCUCGCUUGGUGCGCUGGGCCUGCAGCUGCGCGGGCGGCCGUGCCAAGCGCUGCUGGCGCUGGUGCGGGCGAACCGGGGCGAAAUGCUGCACGCCGUGGGAACGCGGCAGCGGGCGCUGAGGGCGUCGUCGGCUGUUGCAGCUGCGGCGGAUGCGGUAGCGGUUGGCAAUGGGCGGCCACACAGGCAUGGCUGCAAGCGCGUCGGCAAAGGAAGGCUCGGCAGGCCAGCCAGUAAGCUGGGCAAGGGCAUGUGUACCGGCGUGGAGAGCGGUGCGGAGGAGGUGCGGGGGCGCACAAGCUCAUCUUGUGACCUCAAGCGCAUUGUGCUCCGCACAACGGACUCUGGCGCGGCGGGGCUGGGCGGCGGCGUGCGGCUGCAGCUGCCAGCUGGAAGCAGCCGGGCGACGGCGCGAGCGGUGGCUGCUGACGCCGGCGUACGGCUCAAACGCAGCCUGUGCACGGUGUGUGUGGACUUGGAGCAGUGUGUAAUCUAGAUGGGCAGUAGGCGGUGCGCGCCACACUGUCACACAUGCUCCAGAACACAGCGUGGUCUUCGGCCGCAGUGUUAGGCAAUCGAGCUGCUGAAUAUAGCAGAGCAGGAGCGUGUUUCAUUGUAUAAUGAAGCUUGGAUUAAAAGUGGCGCUUGUACAAUGUGAAGAUAGAGCGGUUAGUGCCCGGCGGAGGCGAAAAGGCGUGCUGUGUGCGGCGACGGCCGGGGCUGGCCGUGCCUGAUGUGUACAGCUUGAGGACAGGGAGGUGAGCACGUUGCGUGGACGAGGGAGAAGAUUUCGUUUACAUAAUGCUUUAGGACUCGAAAGGUGAUUGGAGAAAGCGAAGGGAUUCCGCAGCUAUCACCCCGCGGUUGCUGGUCGGGUUGCUGGUAUGGCACGCGAAGGGGUGGUGGCGUCUGUAGCUGUGCCAUAGGAUCGGUUCGUCUCCCGGCGGCGCUGGCAAAGACUAUUUUCACAAGGUGGGCAUACAGUGGUAUUUGGUGACAUUGCUUUACUUUUCUGUAAACCGCGCUGCCU